UUUAAAUUUAAAAUUGUGAGUUAUGUGUUAAACAGUUCAACAACAAAAAAAGUGUAAAACUUAUUUUUAAUUUUGGGCCUAAAGAUUCGCCCGGGAAACAAAAUGUCUAAAGCUGAUAUGUUCGCUCAAGUCCAAGUUUCUCAAGGAAUAUUGAAGGGAAAAGUAUCUGAAACUGUAUUUGGAAAGAAAUAUUACAGUUUUGAAGGCAUACCCUAUGCGAAACCGCCUGUAGGAGACCUAAGAUUUAGAGACCCACAAGAACCAGAAAGCUGGAAAGGUAUCCGCGAUGCCACGAAACCAGGUAACAAGUGUUGCCAGCUUAACCCGUAUACACAAACCACAAUAGAAGGCUCCGAGGACUGUCUCUACUUAAACGUCUACACUCCAAGCUUGCCAGGAGAAGAAAUAGAAAACCUACCAGUCUUGUUUUUCGUCCAUGGAGGCCGAUUUAUCUUUGGCUACGGAGACUAUUACAAACCUGAUUAUUUUCUGGAGCAUGAUGUAGUUUUGGUAACUAUAAACUACAGAUUAAAUAUACUAGGGUUUUUGUGUCUACAUAUACCUGAAGUCCCAGGAAAUGCUGGCUUAAAGGACACAGUUUUUGCCUUAAGAUGGGUCAGAGAUAACAUCGAGCAUUUUAACGGUGAUUUUAACAACGUCACCGUUUUUGGUGAAAGCGCUGGGGCGGGCGCUGUGGCAUCUUAUAUGACUUCGAGAAUGGCAAAUGGGCUAUAUCAUAAAGUCAUUGCGCAGUCAGGAAACUCGAUAGCUGAUGUCUACAUGAUUGAUGAUGAUCCAAUUGAAAAGGCAAAACGUAUAGCGCAGAAUUUGGACCAGCAGUUUGAUGAUGAAAAGAGUUUGUACGAAUUCUUGGUACAAGUGCCGAUUCAAGAUCUUAUAGUAGCCUUCAGUAUUGCUGAAAUAGGCCGACCACCGUCCGUUAUUAAUGCAUACUUAUCACCAGUGGUUGAACAACCGUUCCCGGGCGUCGAAAGAUUCUUUGACGAGUUUCCAAGAAUCGAUUUCCCCUUACAACAUUUUGAUAAAGUCCCUGUGAUGACCGGUAUGAAUUCCCACGAAGGAGCGCUAUUUCUGCAAAAAGACGGAGAUGGGCAUAUUGAAUUUGAGAAAGAUUAUUAUUACUUUAUCCCGAAAUUCUUGCAUUUACAAAAGAACGACGAGAGAUGCGCUGAAAUUGAGAGUAAAAUCAAAAAAUUCUAUUUCGAUGACCAAGAAGUGACCGAAAAUUUGAAAGAACAGUACAUUAAUAUGGUUUCGGAUACGUUUUUCCAAUUUCCUAUUAUGUUAUGGCCUGACAUCCUUGCGAAAGCAGAAUCUGAAGUUUACAUGUAUAAAUUUCAAUAUUCUGGCAAUUUGAAUACUCGUGUUAUGAAGGCUUUGGGGAUUGCGGGAGCCAGCCAUGGGGAUAUGAUACAGUACCAGUUUUACAGGGAUUCGAAGCAUGAUAAAGCCAAAGAAACUGAUUUAAAGAUUAUUAGGAUGCUUGCUGGAGCUUGGUGUUCAUUUGCUAAGAAUGGGCAGCCAACAUGGGCGGAGCAGGAAACCGAAUGGAUCCCAUACACAAGAAAAGGCAAACAUGUGCUCAUUAUAGACAAAAACAUCGAAUGUGUCCGGAACCCAGACUUAGAUAGACUUAGAUUCUGGAAGAGCGUUACUGGUGAUAUUUCUAAAUUAUAAUUCUUGUUAUAAAGGUUCUUGGGUUCGAUUCUUGAGUUGAGCAAAGGGCUUUUUGAUGUCGAAAUUUUUAGGUGCUGGUUUUAAGAAGUCCAAAGGGCUUAAAUAAUGUUUUUCUUAAACCCCACGCUUGGUUAUUUGCGUGGUGACUGAAAGUUAUUCGGUUUCAGUUUAUGGAUACAGAAAAAUAAUACUACUAAAGUAGACAUAGCCAAAUCGAGAAUCGAACCUAAUACUUUAUUUAUUUAUUUGUCGGUAUCAAUUGUCGCAAUAUUUUUUCCAAUAACCGUAUCUGUGAUAAAGAAAAAUUAGUUCAUAAUAUUCUGUUUAACUUUAAAAAAAUUGCAUAAUUCAAUGGUGCCUGCAUAUUAUUAUAUUUUAUUAUAUAACUAGC